CAUAUGUAUUAAUUGUACCUAAAUACUUUAUAUCAUAGAGUAAUCAUAUUUACUUACUUGUUAUUUCUUUUAACCCAACCUUUUAUUAAGUUUCUUAAUAUUAAUACUAACUAUUAACAAAUAAACAUGUAUCACGCACGAUUAAUGUUGAGAAAUGCUAAUUGUCUGAGUAACAUAAUCGAAGGAGCGAUAUACAGACACGCAAAUUUGUCAUCUUUAGUGGUUAAGUCAAAGAAUUUUUCUAGCACUUCUGAUAUAAAGACCCAUCAAGAAAACGCACCUUUAGAAGAAUCUGAAAGAGCUGGAGGUUUUGCUAAAGCAUAUGAAAAACAAUCCCAUAUUCUUGAUUCACAAGAAAAUGAAAAUCAUACAUUUGCAUCGUUACUCCGGAAUUCUAAGUUAAUUGAUCUAGGAGAUCCUGUGGGGAAAGUAGUUAUUGGUAAAAUCUUUCAUGUGGUUCAAGAUGAUUUGUAUAUUGAUUUUGGCUGGAAAUUUCACUGUGUCUGCACUCGACCUACAAAUAGAGGGGACGAAUAUGUAAGAGGAACAAGAGUCAGAAUACAAAUAAAUGAUUUGGAGUUAUCAUCUAGGUUCCUGGGAUCCAGUUCAGACUUGACAUUAUUAGAAGCAGAUUGUAAGUUAUUAGGAAUUGUUUCAACCCCAGUUAGAACUAGUGCAAAGGUAUAACUUAUUAUUGGAUGUAACUAUUUAAUAAAUUAGUAGAUUAUUAUACAGAAUUGCUAUUUUUUUCAUACAAUAGCUGACCUUUAUAAGUAAAUAGAUGUGAAAAAGAAUGUGAAUGUGAAAAAGACUCCAUUUUCCACGCUUAGCCUCUCACUUGGGCCAUUGUGUGUAAUAAGUAAAUAGAUACAUACAUAUAUAUCUCUCACACCUAUCUCCCAUUGGAGUAGACAGAAACUAUGGAACACCAAAUGCUCCUAUUCAAACAAACUUCUUUUGCUUCCUCAACAUUUAUCAAUCUAUUCUUACAUGUUUGCUGGUUAUGCAACUUCUGCUAUUUGGUGAGCAAAUGUCUGCUGCUGCCCUAAAGGCGGCCCCUGCUAAUAUUUCCAUGAUCUAUUGAAGUUUAAUUGAAACUAUUGUCCAUUUUUGCUAUGAAAGUCUGCUCAUUGUAUUAUUUAUUUAUUUAUUUUAUUUGGGAUAACAACAGCUUUUAAUAAAAUUGAAUACAUAUUACAUUGCAUUUACUAUAUGCUAGCCAAUUAUAGUUAUCGACAGCGCAAAACAUAAGCAUCCAUUAAGCAAAUAUUAUACUAUUAAUAAGUAAUAUAUUAAUAUUCAGAAUUAAUUAAUUCUUUUGUUAUUCAAUAAUGCUGUAAUUAUUCAAUCAAUAUUCUCGAUUUGUUUGCAUUAUCCCAUUCAUACUCAAUUUAAUUUACCAACAGGUGAACCUUAUAUUUGCCAUUUACCUAAACAAUUAUAAUUCUAUGAAGUAGGUACUAGUUAAUGGUGGGUAAACAAUAAAAAAUAAGUUUCAAUUCAACAGUUUAUUUAAUUGACAUAAUUAUAUUUGGACAACAUCAAUUAUGAAAUAUCUAUAUAUAAACUACACUACAAUAAUAAUGUAUAUUUAUUGUCUUUCUUUGUGAUUAUUAAGUAAUCUGUUUCACAGUUUAACCAUAAUCAAAGCAUUUGAACAUUCCAAUGAUUGAAACACUAAAUAUGGAAAAAAUUCCAAUAAUGUUAUAUAAAAAUAAAUGGAAUGUCAAAAA